GUUUUGCACAGCCUGCCCGGUUUGGUAGUGCACGGCCGUGCCUGGCUUAUGUGGCCUCUAUGGCCCUUUUCUGCUCCACUGUCAGAAAGAGGGAGGGAGGCUUCCCCCAGCACCAAAAUAUCAUUCUGUGUGCUCUCUGCAACACAGUAGCUAAGAACAAGUUUCCCGAUUACUCCCUGGUCUUUUUGGAGUUAUUUGCUGGAAGAAGUCUUUUCCCCCACUUUAAAUGGAUGAUUGUGUUACAAUCAAGAAAAAGCAUCUCCAAAGACCAAUCUUUAGAUUAAGAUGCUUGGUAAAGCAGCUGGAGAAGGGUGACAUUAAUGUAGUGGAUUUAAAAAAGAACAUUGAAUAUGCAGCAUCUGUGCUGGAGGCAGUUUAUAUUGAUGAAACCAGGAAGCUUUUGGACACUGAGGAUGAGCUCUCUGACAUCCAGUCGGAUUCGGUCCCGCUGGAAGUGCGGGACUGGUUAGCUUCUACAUUCACGAGGGAAAUGGGAAUAGUGAAGAGGAGACCUGAAGAAAAGCCCAAAUUCCGAAGCAUUGUGCAUGCCGUGCAGGCUGGGAUUUUUGUAGAAAGGAUGUACCGAAGAACUUCUAGCAUGGUUGGUUUGGCUUACCCAGCAGAAGUGAUAGUAACAUUUAAGGAGGUUGACAAAUGGUCUUUUGAUGUAUUUGCCCUAAAUGAAGCAAGUGGAGAGCACAGUCUGAAAUUUAUGAUGUAUGAGCUGUUUACCCGAUAUGACCUUUUGAGCCGUUUCAAGAUCCCUGUUCCCAAUCUUAUUUCAUUUGCUGAAGCUCUUGAGAUAGGUUACAGCAAAUACAAAAAUCCAUAUCACAAUUUGAUCCAUGCAGCUGAUGUUACUCAAACUGUGCAUUACAUAAUGAUUCACACUGGUAUCAUGCACUGGCUCACAGAACUGGAAAUUUUAGCAAUGAUCUUCGCAGCUGCCGUCCAUGAUUAUGAACAUACUGGGACCACAAACAAUUUUCAUAUUCAGACAAGGUCAGAUGUUGCAAUAUUGUACAAUGAUCGUUCUGUUCUUGAAAAUCAUCAUGUAAGUGCUGCUUAUAGACUCAUGCAAGAAGAAGAGAUGAACAUCCUGGCAAAUUUAACCAAAGAUGAUUGGAGGUAA